AUGCGAGGGCCAGGAGCCUCGCCGCAAAGCGGCUCAAAGCGGGUGCCGUUCCGUGAGAAGACUCCCAGAGGCUCCGGAUGCAGCGCCUGGACGGAGUACCGCGCCGGGGAGGUGCUUCCGCGCGACACGGGCACCUGCCUGGAGUGCGUGUGUGGCGCGGCGGGCCGCGUGACGUGCUCGCCCCGCGACUGCGCCUCCGAGGACGCGCACCCGCCGGCCGCCUCACUCGACAUGUUCGACGUGGACACCUUCUGACCCUCUCGGCCGUCCUCGGCCCCCUUCGACCGCCAUCGGCCGUCCCCGGCCUCCUUCGACCAUCCCCGGCCUCCUUCGGAUCAUCCCCGGCCUCCUUCGGUCGCUCCCGGCCGCUCUCGGCCCCCUUCGUCUCGUCACGGCCCCGCCUCCCCUCCGUCCCGCGCCCUGCCCUCCGCCGCACUCAGCGAUUGAGCGCAGCAGACAAUAAUAAAGAUGAGCACCGCACGGGUUGACGACUUUUGUACGCGCACUGGAAACCACGUUCACCCCCCCCCCAUGCACUCUCACAGCGUGUGCUCCCGUUUCCUACAGAGUAGGCCCAUAUCAGUAUGUCUUCCACCCCACCCUGUGUGUGUGUGUUUUCUGUACCGACUGGCGAAUAUACUAUACUAUAUACUCGAAAUAAAGUUACAAAACGCCUCGAUGUAUACAUAUCCUUUCUUUCACAAUCCUCACUCCCAGUUUCCUCUUAUAUACAUGUAAUGUCUUAGUCGAUCGAUAUGUUUGUAUCGGACUGUGAAGAGUCACAAAGGAAUCCAUCUCAGUCAAAUGCGAAAUUACGUUUGAAAGAGAAAACCUUUUGAUAUGAGGAAGAAAGCAUGAAAGAGCAAUGUACAAUAUGCUCAUCACAAUGCGCGUGGUUGAUUUGGAAUUUUAUUGAAAUCACUAUCGGCUUUCUCAGACUAACUGGAUUUUCUCUUUCAUGUUUCACGGAGAAGUAUUUUCUUGCAACAUGGUUUUUAUAGAAGUGUAGAACUGUAGUAGUCGCGAACUACGCAUAAAGUUGAUUUUUUCGUGAAACGGAAAAGUGAUUUUCAAUAAUAUUAGAAACGUGUUCUGCUAUAUAUCGAAAACUACAAAACAUAUAUUUUUCAGUAAAAUUAGCCAGAAAAUUCACUUCAUCCUCAUUUCUGGAGGACUAAUUCUGACAGAGAUGGAUACUUUUUAUACCAUUCCAUGUUUCAAAGACCAUCAUAAACACAUUUUAAUGUUUACUUGGAGUGUUGUUCAUAAUGCAGUACUGUAAUUAUUGAUUAAAAUUAUAUGUGAGCCUACUGAGAGUGAUAAUAAAACGCACACAAUAAUUAACAAAUGCCUCCGAAAUACUGUUGCCUGUUCAAAGGUAAUAUUGAUUCACAUGCUCUCGUACGUAUUUUGUUUCUUACUUUUCUGAUCGUGUCAGGUCAUCCUCUGCUCUUUGUCAAUAUCCUUAUAGCACCAGUCUUCUGAUGGAGAAUGUACUAUACUACAUACUCCUUGGAAGUGUGAGAACUUAAGAGAAAAUGUUCGAGAUGUCGAACAUUAUUCAGACCAGAUACUGAGUACUAUGAAUAAUAAUAAAAUUCCUAAUACAGAAGGAUACAAUAGUGUAU